GCUCCGCCUGUCUCGGUGGCCCGCCCCUCUCCUUCCCUCAGCCUGGAGCUGCAGCCGCCGCCGCCGGUGCUCGGCCUGUUCGAAGAUCCUUGCCAGCACAUUUCUGGAUAUUCUGUUGAACCUUCUUAAGAUUUCAGAGAAACUGCUGGGUGACCACUGAAAAAAAAGAUCUAAUCUUAAGUUUUACGCAUAUUCCAUCCACCACAUCAGAAUAAUGUCCUACGUUUUUGUAAACGAUUCGUCUCAAACUAAUGUGCCCUUGCUACAAGCCUGUAUUGAUGGAGACUUUAACUAUUCCAAGCGGCUUUUGGAAAGUGGCUUUGACCCAAAUAUUCGUGACAGCAGGGGCAGAACAGGCCUUCACCUCGCAGCAGCCAGAGGGAACGUAGACAUCUGCCAGCUGUUGCAUAAAUUUGGUGCUGAUCUUCUGGCCACAGAUUAUCAAGGAAACACAGCUCUUCAUCUCUGUGGCCAUGUGGACACUAUUCAAUUCUUAGUUUCCAAUGGGCUCAAAAUUGAUAUUUGCAAUCAUCAAGGUGCUACACCCUUAGUUCUGGCAAAGCGCAGAGGAGUGAAUAAAGAUGUCAUCCGAUUGCUGGAAUCUUUGGAAGAACAAGAGGUAAAAGGAUUUAACAGAGGAACUCACUCAAAACUGGAGACCAUGCAGACAGCUGAGAGUGAAAGUGCCAUGGAAAGCCAUUCUCUCCUCAACCCCAAUCUGCAGCAAGGGGAAGGAGUCCUGUCCAGCUUCCGAACCACAUGGCAGGAGUUUGUCGAGGAUCUGGGCUUCUGGAGGGUGUUGCUCUUGAUCUUUGUCAUUGCUUUGCUGUCUCUUGGCAUUGCCUACUAUGUGAGCGGGGUGCUCCCUUUUGUGGAGAACCAACCUGAACUGGUGCAUUAAAGGGGCUAAUGGGGAUGAGGCCAGUGCCUCAACGUUCUGAGUUUCUCAAAAGUUUUCUCUUAGGCAAGGCAGUGAGGGCUGUACAUUUUUUUCGUUGUGCAUUUUUAGGUGUUGUAAUCCUUUUUGAACAACGUAACGUUUUCAUUUGAACUAACCACAUACCGUAGUCAAGUAUACUUCAUCCUAAAGCUACCUCUGACUCAGCCUGACUUGUUAGGAAAGCCUUCACAUAGCCUUGUUUGAUAAAAACGUGGAGGUGAUUGAAGAAUGAAAGACAAAGGAAGAGACUAGGGAGUCCUUGCUAUGGAAACCUUACCCUGAUUAUGGGACCAACUAAAGUGAGGUGUUCAAAAAAAAGGGUUUUCUUAUAUGAUUACUUUUUGUUAGCUGGUUGGUUUUGGUUUUAUUUUUGCAAGAGUCCCCCGUUGUUUUUUUUUUCUUUUCAUUUUCUGGGAAUAGGGGAGAGAAUGAAAGAUUCAGCUUAAAACUUGUGCUUUUUUCACAUAGCAAAUCAGUAUUGCAGGAAUCUGUUUGGUUUAUUUUAAUAUUUUCGAGUCUAGUUACAAACCAAACAGAACUUUUGAAAAUGAGCUAUAUUUCCUUCAAAAAUGAUUGAUUUGAUCAUAUAUUUAUUUGUUUAUAGGGCAACUUUGGUUUUCUUUUUUGUAAACUGCUUUGCUUGUUGUUAAUGUCUGUGAAAAAGAGAACUUGAGUUCGUUUUGUCCACUUUCCAGUUUCCCCUAAUGUUUACUUCAAAGAUCUCCUGUUCAUCAAAAACAUAGUCAGAAAACUCUUUUUCUACUUAACAGUCAGCAGUAAAGAGGACUCUGACACAUGUCGCUGUCACUGUAAUUCUGUAGUGUUAUUAUUGUGAAAAAUUCAGCUCUACAAGCUAGCUGUGUUGUCACAGCAGUCUCAUAGUUUACAAUCAUUUCACUUUACACGCAGUCCUGUUUAGAGGCCCUGUGAGAAUUGUUGUAACAGUUCCAUCCAUGUCAGUAAUUCUCUGAUGCAGGAACGGAUGGAGCGUUUCUAAGUUGACAGUGCUGAGCACUAUGUGCUGGGUGCCAUAAACUCUUUAUGAAUGGCAAUACUGGAGAAAUUGAAAUCUGGUCCCCAAACUAUGUUGCAGCUUUCAGCAGUAUGUCUGAAGGUCUGUUUUGUUUGUUAACGAUCCUGUUCCAUAUAAAUCAUAUUCUUGAGUUUUUAAAAAGUAUAUGAAGAGUUCCUAAUUAUUCAUUGAGUAUAGUCAGAAAACUGUAGUGAAAGAACUAAUGGUUUUAUUUUUUAGAACAAAGGCAUCUAAGCUACUGCUAAUUGAAUUGUCGCUAGAAGUAGAAAUUAUAGUUUAGAGUAGGAUUGGUAUUUCUGUGAUUCUUGUUGCUUCUUGAUAUUUUCUCUUGUAUUUGUAUAUGUAGGAUUAGGCAUUUUCUUUCAUGUGGCUUUAUCCUCUCUUAAAGAGCUGUUUAAAAAUUCCUGAUUUAACGGACUGCUUCAGGAUCAGCUCACAGAGUCUUGUUUUUAGGGUAGAAACAAAAUAAAUCAUACUUGGUAAAAACAGCAAAAAAACAAAAAAACAACUGACUUUAGAAUGGAGAACACUAGAACUCAAAAUCAAAGUAUACUCAGAGUGAAAGCUUUGGAAUUUGCUCUGUGUUUGUAAAUCUAAAUAGAUAUGCAGAAUUGGUUAAUGUGUAUGUAAAGAUACUGCAUUUUUAAAAGAUUUUAAGUGCUGAUUUCUUUGUAUUUUAAUCUCUGCAUUCAGCAUUCAGUAAUACUACCAAUAAAUGCAUUUGUAGUCUCUUAAUCACAACCCA